GGGAAACCAUGACAGUCCGCACAGACUCAUGCUCUGAAUUCUAGCUGCCGACUCCUGCAGUGACCCCGGCGUCUCCGAGGAACAAGCCGGGCUGACGAGCGCGGAGAGCGGCGAGCGUACACUUCAUCGUGGAGCUGGCCGGAGGCGGCGGCUACGCUGGUAUUUGGUUUGAAUCCUAGCGGGGACAGGAGGAAGUUCCCCCCGCACACAGCGACAGCCGCUCGGGGGGUUGCCAAACAACAAGCAUCAUUCAGUGUCAGCCAGCAGCAGCAGCAGCAGCGGUGGUAGCAGCAGCAGCAGCAGCAGCUGGAGAUCCCUGUUCUCUCUGCCCUCUGCUCAUCCCCGCCUCAGGGUCGGUGCUCGAACAACACACCCGGACUCUUUCAACACAGUCAACAAUGUCUGCGGACCUCCUGCCUGAGUGCCCAGUCUACGUUCCUGAUUUGGUUUUUGACAUCUUGCAACAAAGGCCCCUUACCAAAACCCCCUGAUCAUCAGUGUCUUUGGGCGUCGGCUUCUCACUGGUUCCACUUCCUGGCAUCUGCAGCCGUUAAACGCUCUUUCAUCUCUCGACAGCGGUAGGAUGCGCUAGUGUUUCGAGACUCCUUUCAACAAGGGAAGCCCAGGCCCUGCUGGAGUUGACUGGAGCGAAGCGCUGAAUCCCUUAGCAUCUCUAGCAGUGGACUUUAACCUCUGACCUCGCCCUGGAGAACUACACACUCCAUAUCACAGUCUUAAUCAAAGAUAAGAGCUUCAGGCUCAGUGCCAGGCUCCUUUCCCUUUCACCGCUCCCCCCAGUACCAUGCUGGGUGCACUCCUGCGCAGGAACAUGUCCCAGAAGUUGAGUGUGCUGCUGAUGGUAUUUGGCCUGGUGUGGGGCUUCAUGCUGCUGCGCUACACUGUGCAGCAGCCUCGACAUCAGAGCAGCGCCGAGCUACGCGAGCAGAUCCUGGAGCUCAGUCGGCGGUAUGUCAAGGUCCUGACGGAGGAGAACCAGAACGCACUGGGCGGACCGCAGGGGACCUCCAUGGCUGGUUAUGCUGAUCUGAAGAGGACUAUAGCUGUGUUGCUGGAUGACAUCCUGACCCGGCUGGUCAAACUGGAGGGGAAAAUUGAAACGGUGGCCAAUGCCUCCUCCACAAACACUUCCCACACAGCAGGGGGUGUCCUUGCCUCCAGCCACCCGGGGACGUCCCGCCUCCACCCACACGUCCCUAAUAGGCCUCGACCACAUCGAGGAGCAUAGCUUUGAUUGGCUGUUGGAGUUUCUGUUUUUAGCACGUCACUCUUCUCCGGCAUUUAUCACUGAUGUAACAUCCUCAGGCAAAUGAAAAGCAAUAGACAGACAUACGGACAUCCAGAAAAGACUGCUCCUGGGAUGCUUAUCAGAAAUGUUCAGCCACCUCAGAGGGAACACGGAGGACUUUUCCAUGCUCUGUCCUAACAUAUGCUGAUAUUUAUUAUUUUUGUUAUCAAGAUUAUCCAUUGCCUUUUUAUAUUUUAUUCUGCUUAAAGUCUAGCAUUUUUUUUAUAAUGCCAUAAAUGAAUCUUGUGACUGUUUAAGAGAUGUAAACUCACUCAGAUUUAAAAAUGGAAUCAUGAAAAAUGGCCUAAAUAGCUCCUCUGUUUAUAUUGUAUAAAGACAUUUUGCAAUACUUCUUCAAUGAAUCAGAAUGCUGAACAUAACAGCACGAUAGUUAGGAAUGGCAACAUUUCACUUAUUUGCUGGGGCUGUUGCUAAAUACUGUGUGAAGAAGAUUCUUCUUUAAGCUUACACGUGUGGGGAUUUUUAAGGAUAAUGAAACUGUGUGAUUCAGCUGUUUGAGAUAAUCCAAAGAAUGUAAUUUGCACUCCAUCUGGAUGCAGUGUAAAUUAGAAUAUACAAGUGCUGCGAGACAAUGCUGGGUUAUUGCCGAAUACGAUCAGACGACGCCCAUUUGCCGCUGUGAACACGAGCGUGUGUGUGAUUCGUUUGAAUUCACAUGCAAAACAGAUUGAUUGUUACGCGUGGUCCGUAUUUAGCCCUGUAGUGCUCUUAAAAUGACCUACUGCUUACACAUGUUCAGGGUUCAUGUUGCACUGUGACUCUAGAUGUUUUCUAAAAAUACUUGUCUCAUCAAGUUUGACUUUAGGUAUAUUUUAAGUUCUGAAAUAUUCAUUUUUCUAGCUGCCCCCCCGAGUGUGGUUUCUAAAGUACUGACAAACCACAGCUCGCCCUGUUUAGCACAGCAGUAGAAAGUCUUUGAAGUGCUCAGCCUGAUGCUCUUUUAAAUGAUACCUUUGUCCGGCCAGACAAGGAGCAAUACUCCCAUCGAUGAUACUUGAGGAUUGUAUGUGGACGGAAUUCUGAAUAUGAAGUCACUAUAAUUAAAACAUAAACUAAUUGUCAUAAUUGCUUCAUCUUUUUGCUGCCAUAUUUAAAUGUUAACGGUAUGUGUAUUUGUUGGUUGUUUUUUUUGUGUGUUUUUUUAUCGGUUUGACCUACCCUGACUCACACUGAGUGAUAACACAAUUGUUUGCUUCCUGAUGAGCCAGUCAGCUGCUUGGAGAUCGCCUCACUAAUAAAUUGACCUCAUGGAAAACAGUU